GAUCGAACCUACAACCAAGCACGCGCCCAGGAAUCGAACCUUUGACCCUUUGGUGAGCAGGCAGCCGCUCUAACUACUGAGAAACACCGGCUAGGGCAAUAAGUGCAGAUUUUUAUAACCUUUUUUGGGGACAGAGACUCCUUUAAGAAUCCGGUGAAAGCAAUGGACCCACCACCGCCUCCUAGAAAAAAUAAAAGUUUAAAUAGAUAUUUGCAGUUUCAGGAAAUUUAUAUAAUUUGAAUUACCAUUCUUGAACCCCAGACGAAGGCCACCUGCUUGAUAACCAUAGUUGUGGUUUGGGGGCAGUUCUGAGAGGUUUGGCAGUGCUUGGGAGUGUUGCUGCUCCUGCUCCUGCUCCUGCAGUGUGGUCUGUGGGCCAGCAGCACCCCUGCCUGGCUGCUGUGAGAGAACCUCAGCCCUCCGUCCAUCAGGCCUAACGCCCAGGGGAUGUGCACAUCCGAGAUGGAGCAGUGCUGUGGUAGAGGUUUGCCUCCCCUCACAGCUUCGUCUGGAAGACGGAACGAUGCCAAAGAAAGCAAAGCCUGCGGGGACUGGGCAGGAAGAGGGGCCUGCUCCCUGCAAACAGCCGAAGGUGGAGGCGGCCGGGGGGCCCUUCACUUUAAACUUCGACAGCCCCAGUGGCUUCUUUGAAAGUUUAAUCUCGCCCAUCCAGACGGAGACUUUUUUCAAGGAAUUCUGGGAGCAGAAGCCCCUGCUCAUUCAGAGAGAGGACCCUGCGCUGGCCGCGUAUUACCAGUCCCUGUUCAGGCUCUCAGACCUGAAGAGUCUGUGCGGCCGGGGUAUGUACUACGGACGGGACGUCAAUGUCUGCCGCUGUGUCCAUGGGAAGAAGAAGGUUUUAAAUAAAGAUGGCAAAGUGCACUUCCUCCAGCUGAGAAAAGAUUUUGAUCAGAAAAGGGCAACAAUUCAGUUUCACCAGCCUCAGAGAUUUAAGGAUGAACUUUGGAGGAUCCAGGAGCAGCUGGAAUGCUACUUUGGCUCCUUGGUUGGCUCGAAUGUGUACAUAACCCCCGCCGGCUCGCAGGGCCUGCCGCCCCAUUAUGAUGACGUCGAGGUGUUCAUCCUGCAGCUGGAGGGGCAGAAACACUGGCGCCUCUACCGCCCCACGGUGCCCCUGGCGCGCGAGUAUAGCGUGGAGGCGGAGGACGGGCUCGGGAGGCCGGCACACGAGUUCACGUUGAAGGUGUGCCUGCCGGUGGUCACGCAAACGGAGGGAAUCAAGGCCUGGAGUGCAGGGAGGUGCCAUUUGUGGUGUCCGGCUUUAGUAGUAAUCAGUGGUUUCUGUGUUUUGUUACUGUUUUUUUUUGUUGUUGGUGGUGGUGGUGCGUGUUCCAGUUCGUGGGGAGAUUUCCUUUUGGACACCAUUUCGGGGCUUGUGUUUGAUGCCGCAAAGGAAGAUGUGGCGUUCCGGGCCGGCAUCCCCCGGCAGCUGCUCCUGCAGGUGGAAACCACUGCCGAUGCGAGGAGGAGAUUAAGUGGCUUUCUGAGGACGCUUGCAGACCGCCUGGAAGGCACCAACCAGCUGCUUUCAUCCGACAUGAAGAAGGACUUUGUCAUGAACAGACUCCCCCCUUUCCAUGUGGGAGACGGAGCAGCGCUCUCCACGCCAGGUGGACAGUUGCCGAGGUUGGACAGCAUCGUGAGGCUGCGCUAUAAAGACCACAUCGUCCUCACGGUGAUGCCGGACCAGGGUGGGUCUGAUGAAACUCAAGAAAAGAUGGUUUACAUCUACCACUCCUUACAGAACAGGAGAGAGACACACAUGAUGGGGAGCGAGGAAACAGAGGCUUAUGGUCUUCGUUUUCCUUUAUCUCAUGUGGAUGCACUGAAGCAAAUUUGGAGCAGCUCAGCGAUUUCUGUCAAGGACCUGAAACUUGCUACAGAUGAGGAAAAGGAGAGCCUGGCCUUGUCUCUCUGGACAGAAUGUUUACUCCAGGUAGUCUAGCGCCUCUACGCACCGUGUCUAGGAUUUUGCAUACACAGGAAAAGCGAACAUUGAUACGUUGGGGGCCCCUGCUGCUCUGAGUAGCAGACAGGGCUGGAGGGAUGGUUACAUACAACUUGACUACAUGUGUUCUGGUAGCAUGAGACCCACCGGUUACAAGUGGUCAUAUGCAUUAAAGAAAGGAUGGCACAUUACUAAGUGUCCUAGAAAGUGGCAAAACCAUACUUGUGACAGGUUUAUUUAAUCCAGUGUGGUAGAAAAGGCACAACGACAAUAAAGGUAUCAUUUAAAUUUAAAAUUUGUUACCUGGCUUUGUCUCUGUUCUUUGGAAGAAACUCCUUUAAAGAGCCUCAUUGGCUCUGAAAAAUUUUUAAGCAAUUAACAUGAAAAAAAUUUUAACUUUUUUUUUUUUUACAAUGACAAUAUACAUACCUUUUGUAUACACAAGCCCCCCAUUUAAAAUAAAGUUACCCCUAUAAGUUCCAUUAAAUAAUGCUGCCACACUGAUGAGAGGCACUCAUGUCUAUGGGCGUGAGGGAGUUUUACAGAUGCUGCUUGGAAGAUGACAGAAGAGCCUGAGAUUAAAGGAAAAACCCCAAUGAUAUCUACGUGGAAAGACCAAGUCUCUAUAAAAAGUUCUCAAAAUAGUGGGUCUUUGAGUUUAAACAAUUCACUGUUAUUUUAUAUUCUAAAGUGCACAUAGGUUGAUAUUUUAAAAAAUACCACUGGAGAACUUAAUCUUUCUAUGUAAAAAAUAGGACAUUUUUCUGUUUUCUGGCAAAAGUUGGGGAUAAAGGGAACAGUUAUCUCCAACUCUCAGUUUAAAACCAGCUCAGGAAGGAGAAAUGCUUGUGAAUUGUAUGGUUUAAGGUGGUGAUGAUUACUUUAAGCCCAAGUGAUAUCCUAUCUGAUUUUGCUUAAAUAAAAGCUAUUUAAAAUGGGA